GUUCGCGGUAAAAUUUUCAACUAUAAUGGCUGCGUGAGAGAGAGAUGUAAUUUUUUUAGUGACUUUCUCUAAAUAUCAUUGGAGUAAAAAAAAGAAGUUUUAGCAGGUUAUUCAAAAUGCCGGGUUAUUUAAGAUAUAUCGAAGUGGAAAAUUUCAAAUCUUAUCGUGGUAAACAGUUAAUUGGACCGUUUAAAAAGUUUACUGCUAUUAUCGGACCAAAUGGAUCAGGAAAAUCAAACUUGAUGGAUGCUAUCAGCUUUGUGCUGGGUGAGAAAACAAGCAAUCUCAGAGUAAAGAAGCUCAGUGAUCUUAUUCACGGUGCUCCCAUUGGUAAGCCUGCCUCCAACAAAGCUUCAGUUACUGCAGUUUAUGCUGACAGUGACACUGGUAAGGACACCAGAUUUACCAGGAUUAUCCAUGGUUCAUCUUCAGAUCACAAAAUUAAUGGAAAGGGUGUUUCUUCCCAGCAAUAUGCACAAGAACUUGAGAAAAUUGGUGUUUUGGUAAAAUCUAAGAACUUUCUUGUGUUUCAAGGAACUGUUGAAAGCAUUGCUAUGAAGAAUGCCAAAGAACGUACAGUUAUGUUUGAAGAAAUCAGCAGAUCUGGAGAAUUAAAGGAAGAAUAUGAUAAAGCUAAAACUGAAAUGUUAAAAGCUGAAGAAGAUACUCAGUUUAAUUACCACAAAAAGAAAGGCAUUGCUGCUGAAAAGAAAGAAGCUAAGUUAGAAAAAGAAGAAGCAGAGCGUUACCAGAAACUUAAAGAGCAAUUGGUAGAAAAACAGCUGCAACUCCAAUUGUUCAAGUUGUUUCAUAAUGAGAAAGAUAUUGAUGAGUUGAAUGAAGAACUUAACAAGAAGAACGCUGGUUUAGAUAGAGAAUUAAAAAAGAGAGAUAAGAUUGAGGACGAGAUCAAAGAGAAGAAAAAAGAGCAAGGAAAAUUGAGUCGAGAUCUCACAAAAAUUGAGCAGAACAUCAAAGAAGCUGAAUCUGAAUUGAACAAAAAGAGGCCUAUUUACAUCAAAGCUAAAGAAAAAACUGCUCACAUGAUUAAAAAGCUUGAAGCUGCUAAGAAGUCCCUCAAGGCAACUAAAAAGACGCAUGAUAAUCAUGAAGCUGAGAUCCAUCAGUUGGAGAAAGAACUUGAAGAAGUUGAAGAAAAGAAACGAGAAUAUGAAAAAGGAAUAGAAAAAGAAUCACAGUCCCAAGGAAGAGACCUCCAGUUGGAAGAGUCUCAGGUUCAGGAAUACCAUCGUUUGAAGGAAGAAGCUGGCAAAAGAGCUGCUCGCUAUUCACAAGACUUAGAAUCCAUUACCAGAGAGCAGAAAUCUGAUCAAGAUCGCCGUGAUAAUGAAGAACGCAAAAAAAAUGAUAUGGUAACUAAAAUUGAACAGAAAAAACAUGAAAUGGAAGAGAACAAGAAACGAGUUGAAAAACUGAAUGAUUACAUAAAAACCAGUAUGCAAGCAGUUGAUGAACAAAAGAAAACUGCCAGAGAACUUGAAGAAGAAGUAAGCAGUGCCAAUGCUAGGAUCUCUCAAAUUAACUCUGAGCUUACUGAAGUUGUUGAACAGCUUGGUGAAGCAAAGGUUGAUAAACAUGAAUCUUCAAGAGCAAUAAAGAAAGCAGAACUACUUGAAAAUUUGCGACGCUUGUUUCCUGGUGUGCACGGUCGAUUGAUUGAUUUGUGUGAGCCAAGCCACAAGAGGUACCAAGUAGCUAUUACUAAAGUACUUGGCAAAUAUAUGGAUGCUAUAGUAUGUGAUAAUGAAAAAACUGCUAAGGAUUGUAUCCAGUAUAUGAAAGAACAGAGAAUUGAACCCGAGACCUUCCUUCCACUUGACUACCUUGAUGUAAAGCCUGUCAAUGAAAAGCUUAGAGAUAUCAGAGAACCUAAAAAUGUCAAACUAGUUAUUGAUGUCAUACGUUAUGAUCCCCCUGCCAUCAAGAAAGCCUUAUUGUUUGCUUGUGGGAAUGCCCUUGUCUGUGAAACUGUUGAAGAUUCUCGUAGAGUUGCAUUUGGUGGUCAUGAAAGACACAAGUCAGUUGCCUUGGACGGGACCUUAUUUCAGAAAUCAGGAAUUAUAUCUGGUGGUGCCAGUGACCUGAGAGCCAGAGCUCGUCGAUGGGAUGAAAAGAUGUUGAACCAACUGAAAACCAGAAAAGAGAAGUUGACUGAUGAGCUAAAAGAACAACUGAAAAAGAAGAGGAAAGAAUCUGAAUUAAACACUGUUAAUUCCCAAAUCAAAGGUUUGGAAACGAGGCUCAAAUAUUCCAUUACUGACAGAGAUAACACUUUGAAUAAACAACUUACUCAAAAUGAAAGAGAUUUAAAUACGUAUAAUGAUAUGCUGAAGUCUUUUGAGCCACGUAUGAAAGAAAUUGAUCGUGUUAUGACUGAGCGAGGUAUCAAAAUCAAAGAUCUGGAGACCAAAAUGAAUAAUGUUGAAGAUGAAGUAUUUUCAGAAUUUUGCUUACAGAUAAAAGUUGACAACAUAAGACAAUAUGAAGAACGUGAGCUUCAAGUGCAAGAAGAGAGGGCCAAAGUGCGAUUAGAGUUUGAGAACCAGAAAUUUAAGCUCCAAAAUCAAAUUGAAUUUGAAAGAUCACGAGAUACAAUAGGAAAUGUACAAAAAUGGGACAAAACUGUGAAAGAUGAUGAAAAAGAAUUAGAAAAAGUGAAGAAUGAUGAGCAGAAACAUAUGAAAGUUAUUGAUGAAGCUAUGAAAAGUCAAGAAAGGUAUAAGCAGCAGCGGAUUACAACUAAAUCACAAAUUGAUGACAUAGAGGAUGUGAUGAAUGAGAUACGCAAACGUCUGUCAGCUCAACAAAAGGAAAUAUCAACCUGGCAAAAAUCUAUUGGAACCAUAGAAACAAAACUUGAACAGAAGAAAGCAGAUCGGCACAGUUUGCUAAAAGCUUGUAAGAUGGAUGACGUUCAUUUGCCACUGAAACGUGGUUCUAUGGAUGACAUUAGUCAAGAAAAUGAUACUUCUAGCCAGAAUGAUGAAAGUACAUCUGACAGCAAUGCGCGAGAAUCUCAAGGUUCACGAGCAAUCUAUGAGAGAGAAGCUCGUAUACAAAUUGACUAUAGUAUGCUUGAUGAGGAAGAAAAGGAGCUGGAUCACCCAGAUGAUGUUAAAAAGGCUCAAGAUGCCUUAAACAAAGGUGUGUCUGAUAUGCAGUCCACUUUGCAACGGAUUAAUGCUCCAAAUAUGAAAGCAAUGGAAAAGCUUGAUGGAGUCAGAGAAAGAUUCCAAGAGACCUCUGAAGAGUUUGAAAAUGCUCGAAAGAGAGCCAAAAGAGCAAAGACUAAUUUUGAAAAAAUACGCAAAGAAAGGUACGACAGGUUUAUGGUGUGCUUUGAUCACGUGGCCACAAGGAUUGAUGAAGUCUAUAAGGCUCUCUCAAGAAAUCCUAGUGCCCAAGCGUUUCUUGGUCCCGAAAACCCUGAAGAACCUUAUUUAGAUGGUGUAAACUACAAUUGUGUUGCACCUGGAAAACGUUUUAGACCAAUGGACAAUUUGUCUGGUGGAGAGAAAACUGUUGCUGCUCUGGCAUUGUUAUUUGCCAUCCACAGCUUCCAGCCUGCACCAUUCUUUGUCCUUGAUGAAAUAGAUGCUGCAUUAGACAACACCAAUAUUGGAAAAGUGGCAUCAUACAUUGAAGAACAAGCUGAAAUUAAUUUCCAAUGUGUUGUUAUCUCUUUGAAAGAAGAGUUUUACAAUAGGGCUGAAGCUCUCAUUGGUAUUUAUCCUGAGGUUGGUGAUUGCGUCAUCAGCAACGUCCUUACUUGUGAUUUAACUGAUUAUGUUGAUGUGCCUCGCAAUGAAGACAAUGAACUGGCAAUUCGUUUAACUCGUUGAUAGUCCUGCACAGAAAAUAGUUUAACUUAUUAUUACAGUGCAACAAGGAAAUACAGCAGAUUGAUUCCGGGAUGUUAAACAAUGCUAAGUUUACUGGUAAUGACUAAAUAUUUGCAACCACAAAACCCUGUUGCUAAUUUUAUGGUCUUCCACUCAACUGGUAGCAUUGAUUACUAAACUGAAGAAAAUACCAUUACAUACUGCUGUCAUUCAGGAAGGAGAGCCUUCUUAAUUCAUUUCCUCUUAACUGUUCUUCACAUCACUGGGAAUUCUCUGUUCUUUAUUCCACACAGACUCAUUCUUCUGGAUAGUGAGCUUGUAAUAUACAACUCUAAUGUAAAGCUGGAGAGAAUAAAAUCAAUGUUUGGAUACUUAUAGUAGCAAAAUAGUUUAACAAAGGUCAAAAUAAUCUUUGCUCGGGUAUCUCAUUAAUAUACAUGCUGUAAUGAUAAAAGUAAUGGGUGGAUAGCAUGGGUGAAUAACUGCAGCAAAUGUAACUUUUGAAUGACUAGCAUAGUGGAAUUGUGUAAUUGUUGUGGGAAUGGACAACCUUUGGAUAGGUUGCAUAAGAGUUUCAAUGUAGUGAUAGAUACCAACAACACUCUAUCAUUAAUUUCACUUGGGUACACUUCAAAUUUAAAGAUGUUAAGUUGUAUCCCUUGCAGCAUGUCUGUGUUUUUUUCUUUCUUUUUAUAGCAUUGUUAUCAGGACCAAUGACUGUAUUUUUAGAAUUCUUUGUGGAAAUCUUUCUAACCAAGAAGAAAGUCUUUCUUAAUAUAUUUAAAGAAAAUAUGAUACAAUAUUAUCACACUGCCAACAGCAAUAUACUGAAGUUGACAGUUUAUUAUUAUAUUUUAAGGGACAACAUUAAUGAACUGUUUGAGUUCAUUAAUGGAUGUUCCAUCUCCUUAAAUCCCUUUUUUUUUUGUGUAUAACUGCAUUCGCACACAGCCACAUACAUUUUUGGGUGUGUAUUUUUCACUCCAGUCUCUGUACAUUCAGCAUUGAUUUUACUUUAAAAAUGACCUAAUAUUUCAAGUAUUACUCCUAAAACACAAGCAACAAGCCUUAUUUAUAUCAUUAAAACUUCAUAAUUUACCAGUCCCACUCUAAAA